UGCAGCCACGAGCGGCCUUUUCCUCUGCCGCCGCCGACUUGCGCGGAGGCGGAAGCGCGGGUGCUUCAAGAUUCGGCGUUACUCCUAACCCACCGCCAUGGCCGAGGAAGGCAUAGCUGCUGGAGGUGUAAUGGACGUCAACACUGCUCUACAAGAGGUGCUGAAGACCGCCCUCAUCCACGAUGGCCUAGCACGUGGCAUACGCGAAGCUGCCAAAGCCUUAGACAAGCGCCAAGCUCAUCUCUGUGUGCUUGCAUCCAACUGUGAUGAGCCCAUGUAUGUCAAGCUGGUGGAGGCACUUUGUGCUGAGCACCAAAUCAACCUGAUAAAGGUUGACGACAACAAGAAACUAGGGGAAUGGGUGGGCCUCUGUAAAAUUGAUCGAGAGGGGAAGCCACGGAAAGUGGUCGGUUGCAGUUGUGUAGUGGUGAAGGACUAUGGCAAAGAAUCUCAGGCCAAGGAUGUCAUCGAGGAAUACUUCAAAUGCAAGAAAUAAAUAAAAUUUUGGCUCAUUUU